AUGAAGUUUUUUAUUAAAAAUCAUUAUUUUUCCAGAAUCGGUCCCAUUCGCCGUGCUGAAGAUAUUGAAAUUACUGCUGAACUUGAUGGCUAUUCAUUUAGUGAGAAUCCCAAUCAUAUCGGCCAGAUUCUGAGCACAAAACUCAGCAAGUUAACUGUGGUUGUGUCUGAUGUGGUGACUAAUCAACGUCUGGGAGGUGUUCUACUAUCAGUCGUUGGUGAAAAAGAUUAUCGUAGCAACAAUGUGAUUGAUGAGACAGGUGUAAUCAAUUUCGUCGGUUUGGCACCGGGUGACUAUUUUCUUCGUGCAAUUUUGCAAGAGUACAAAUUUGAACCGUCGAUGACGACGGCUACGGUUAAAGAGGGUCAGCAUGAGCAUGUUGAACUCAGAGGUCGGAGAGUGUCUUUCAGCGUGUUCGGGCGUGUGCGCGAGAUGUCCGGCACGCCUGUAGUGGAUGUGAUCGUCGAGGCCUUGUCGGAACAGUGUCAUCAACACCAGUCUGAGGCGACGACCACACAGGAUGGACUUUACCGCAUACGCGCGUUAAAACCGCACUGUCAAUAUCGUGUCUCAAUCAAAGGUUCAGCCAGUGGCGGACCGGCACCACACUGUUUUCCGUCGAAAUUCGAUGUUAGAAUGACUGCUGAGGAUCUGAUGGGACUUGACAUGGUGGCAGCUCCAUAUGAAUCCAGAACUGAUCUGGCUGUUGAGAUCGAAUUUGCCUCAAUGCCUAUUCCUCCGAUCUAUCGCGUCUCAGUACAGCAAGGUGGUGAGGUCGUUUCACAUUCAGUGGUGCAUGCACCCGUUACGAUAUUCUACCUCAACAAUUUGCCUCGUGAUGGCAGGGAAUAUUCAGUUCGUGUUGAAUCCGAUCGACAUCAACAACCUUUCAUAGCGAAGACAGUAUUCUUCACGGCUAAUGCACCUGUACAUGUUGUUCGAGUCCCCAUAACGAUGUCGAAACGAUCCAGUGAAGUGGAAAUUAGCGUGGGAUCAUUGCUUGCUCUGCCUUUCUUCGGGCUUAUAGCCCUAGCGUUUUUCAAUCAGGUACGAAGGUUACCUCCUUUCUUUUCUAAUGCUUUAUUACUUAGGCCCACUUGUACUGGACAUGUUGGUGUCUUUGCUGUGUACAAUCUCGAUUUCGUUUUAUACCCAUCUUUUUAA